GCGAGCAGGCUGCUGCUGCUGCUGCUGUCUCCGUGGCCGUUUUUUCCACCUCCUUUUCUUCUCCAGCUGUGGAUGUGUUGUUGUUUCACGGAUGCUCCUUUCACCUCAGCUCGCCAGCGUCUCGCCAAAGCUCAGUGAGGGAUGGUUGACAUCAGCUGCCUGCUGUUUGAAUUCUCGGUGUUAAUCUAAAGAAAGGAGGGGGGAGGCCAGGAGGAAGGAAAUCUUCACUCGAAGUAAUGCCAGUUCCUGACCAGCCCUCUGACAGCGUGAACUCCAGCAUGUUGAGCCCAGUCCUAAACGCCUCCAACGGGGAUGGAUCUGAGACAGAGACAACCUCCGCCAUCCUGGCCUCCGUCAAGGAGCAGGAACUGCAGUUUGAAAGACUGACCCGAGAGCUAGAAGCUGAGCGGCAGAUUGUGGCCACCCAGCUGGAGCGAUGCAAACUGGGAUCUGACACUGGGAGUGUGAGCAGCAUCAGCUCUGCGGAUGAGAAGUUUCGCUGGAACAAUCAAGACGGACAGAAGGAUAUAGAAGAAGAGCUCACCACCGGCCUGGAGCUUGUGGAUUCCUGCAUCAGAUCUCUGCAGGAGUCCGGCAUUCUGGAUUCCCAAGAGUUUGCGACAGGUGAAAGACCAGGCAUCCUGUCUCAGAGUGCUCUGCAGCUCAAUAAUCAGGAGGGCACCUUCCCCUAUUCUGCUGGUUACCAUAGCAACCAGACCCUGGCCCUGGGCGACCUGUCAGCCUCCCAGCCCCCUCCACGCGGUGGACAGGUGGGAGGAGCUGUGCACAGCUAUAAUCAGGUGACAUCCAACCGUGCUGCCCAGCUGGCGGGUGGCGAUUCCCAGUCCCGAGACUCCUUUGCCCAGAGCCAUGGUAGCGCCUUCCACCUGCCUGACGUUCAGCCCGCCACCUCCAUCUACUACUCGUGUGCCACGCUGCCAGCCCAGCGUGUGAGCUCCCCUCUCUCCAUGCAGGCCCUGGGCUCUCCCUCCAAACUGCAGAGGCUGGGCUCGGCCUCAGACAUGCCUAGCUAUGCCACCCUACAGCGUGUGUCCUCACCCAAACAGUCACCUAGCCGCCUAGCCAAGUCCUACAGCACCAGCUCGCCCAUCAACAUGGCGGCUGGAGGGGGCUCUGCCUCUUCACCACUGCACACUGUGUCCGGCCAGGGCAAUGCCUCCAGCUCCUCCCCCCUCCACCAGCUCAGUUCAGCUGUGGGCAGCUAUGCUACGCUGUCGCCCACUAAGCGUAUGCUACACUCCUCCGAUCAGUACAAGAUUUCCCACGACCUGUAUGCCAACGCUACGCUGCAGAGACCCGGCAGCCUGGCAGGCUCCAGGGGCUCUUACAGCAGCCAGCACAGCCACCUGGGUGGAGAACUGCGUCCCCUCCAGUCCCCCGAGCACCACAUCGACCCUAUCUAUGAGGACAGAGUCUAUCAAAAAGCCCCACUGAGAAACUUCAGCCAGGGCCAGGCCCCAUCCUCCCCCGGUGUUGACCCCAUCCCCUUGCAGCGCACGAGCAGCCAGAAUGCCACAGGGACCUUCCCUCGCUCUGGCUACGCCGCUGGACCUGGUGUUUCUGCAGCCGACUAUGCCAACCCGUACCGCACUCUGCAGUUCUGCCCCUCAGCGGACUCGCCCUACAGCAAGUCGGGCCCCGCGCUGCCGCCCGAGGCCACACUGGUCAGGUCACCCUCUGUGGACAGCAUCCAGAAGGACCCCAGGUACGACCCUGAAUUCCUUGUCUGGAAUCAAAAUCAAGCCGAACAAAGAAUGACAAAGGAGUUUGGCUGGAGGGAUCCUGAGCUGCCUGAGGUGAUCCAAAUGCUGCAGCACCAGUUCCCGUCUGUGCAGUCCAACGCUGCAGCCUACCUGCAGCACCUGUGUUUCGGAGACAACAAGAUCAAAUCUGAGAUCCGAAGACAGGGAGGCAUCCAGCUUCUUGUAGACCUGCUGGAUCACCGGAUGACUGACGUCCAUCGCAGUGCCUGCGGGGCUCUGAGGAACCUGGUGUACGGCAAAGCCAAUGACGACAACAAGAUCGCCCUAAAGAACUGUGGGGGUAUUCCCGCUCUGGUGCGCCUCCUCCGCAAGACAACUGACGUGGAGAUCAGAGAACUGCUCACAGGAGUACUGUGGAACUUGUCCUCGUGUGACGCGCUGAAGAUGCCUAUAAUCCAGGACGCCCUGGCAGUGCUCACCAACACCAUCAUUAUCCCUCACUCGGGCUGGGACUCCUCCCCCCACCAAGAUGAGCGCAAGCUGCACCUGCAUUCCUCGCAGGUGCUCCGCAACGCCACCGGCUGCCUCAGGAAUGUGAGCUCUGCAGGAGAGGAGGCACGGCGCAGGAUGCGGGAGUGCGAGGGGCUGACAGAUGCACUCCUCUACGUUAUCCAAACUGCGCUGGGCAGCAGUGAGAUCGACAGCAAGACUAUAGAGAACUGCGUGUGCAUUUUGAGGAACCUGUCCUAUAGGCUGGCGGCUGAGACGUCUCAGGGGCAGCAGCUGGGAUCGGAGGAGCUGGACGGGGUGCUGUGCACUGACGCCAGCGGGAAGGACGCUGAGAGCUCCGGCUGCUGGGGCAAGAAGAAGAAGAAAAAGAAGAGCCAUGAUCAGUGGGAUGGAGUGGGGCCUUUUCCAGACUCCGGCGAUCCUCCCAAAGGGCUGCAGAUGCUCUGGCAUCCAUCCAUUGUGAAGCCAUACCUCACACUGCUGUCGGAAUGCUCCAACCCGGACACGCUGGAGGGGGCGGCCGGGGCUCUACAGAAUCUGGCAGCGGGCAGCUGGAAGGUAGGCCCCACACCAAAACCAUGGUCGGUGUAUAUACGAGCAGCGGUGAGGAAGGAGAAAGGACUGCCCAUCCUGGUGGAACUGCUGAGGAUUGAUAAUGACCGUGUGGUGUGUGCUGUGGCCACAGCGCUCAGAAACAUGGCCUUGGAUGUGAGAAACAAGGAGCUCAUUGGCAAGUACGCCAUGAGAGACCUGGUCCACCGGCUGCCGGGAGGCAACAAUAACAGCAGCAGCGGCGUGGGGAAGAGCAUGUCCGACGACACCAUCACUGCCAUCUGCUGCGCUCUGCACGAGGUCAUUACCAAGAACAUGGAGAACACCAAGGCCCUGCGUGACGCUGGAGGCAUUGAGAAGCUCAUCGGUAUCGCACGCAGCAAAGGAGACAAACAUACGCCCAAGGUGGUGAAAGCAGCAUCUCAAGUCCUGAACAGUAUGUGGCAGUACCGGGAUCUACGCAGCCUAUACAAGAAGGAUGGCUAUUCUCAGUACCACUUUGUGGGUUCAUCCUCUACAAUAGAAAGAGACAGGCAGAGACCUUAUUCAUCUUCUCGCACGCCCUCCAUCUCCCCAGUGCGGACUUCGCCCAAUAAUCGGUCAGCGAGUGCCCCUGCCUCCCCUCGAGAGAUGAUGAGCCUGAAGGAGAGGAAGGCAGACUACGAGUCAACUGGAACCAAUUCUGGUUACCAUGGCAACAAGGGCGAGCACACCUCCCGAAAGGACGCCAUGGCAGCUCAAAUCUCCAGUGGAACCUCCACACUGUUUCGAGGUGCUUAUGUGUCUCCGAGUGACGACCUCAAACAUAACCAGGUCUCAGCUCAAGGCAACCCUCCAGAGGCCUACCCUCCCUUCCAGACUCCCCCAGGAGCAAACUUCGAGGAGGCUUACUAUGAGGAUCAAGCGCACCAGCGCCCUCCAGCCGCCGCCGACGGCACCAUGCACCUGGGCCUGAAGUCCACUGGGAACUAUGUGGACUUCUAUUCAGCCUCCAGGCCCUACAGCGAACUGAACUAUGAGACGAGUCACUAUCCCGCCUCGCCCGAUUCCUGGGUGUAGAGGCGGCAGGCCGGGCUGAGGAAGCACUGAUACACAGAGAGAAACCAGCCCCGCAUGUGCAUGAACACUACCGGACACUCACACUCACUCACACAUGGACACUCCCCUUCAGUGUGGAUUGGACUGAGGAUUCCACUGAGCUGUUCAUUCACAGAGGCUGUCAGAGACUGUAUCUGAAAAAGAAGAAGAAGAAAAUGUGGAGAAAGGCUAAGGGAAUGUGUUUUACUGGACAGAGCCCCAAAGCGUAAAGACAGUCUUCAAGGCUGCUGAGAGAAUGCAGGAACGUUGAGAAAGCGGUAGGGAAAGCUGUAAAUACAUGGCAGAGAGAAGAGGUGGGUAUGUGAAGCACAAGAAAUCAAUACAUCAUUUAACACAAGCUGAGGAAAAUAGUUCUGACGCAUUUUUAGGACAUUUGUUUGCGUUCGACCUGCUUUUUAAUGGAGUGCUCUUUUCACGAGGAGCUUCUCAGAGCCUUUUUAUCUUUUUUGUUCAUUAUCUUUAUUUUGUACCUCCUCUUUUUAACUUCUUAAUUCUAGUGUAAAGUAUUUGUUGUAUAUUGCAGAUGUAGAUACAAGUUACAUUGUGUAUAUUACAGAAAAAAAAAAACUACUGUGUCCUCCCCUGUGGCUCAAAAUAUCAUUUUUCUGGUAUGCUGGGAAACAGAGAAAAGGAUACGUGACUUAAACAUUCUCUUCUGUAGGUAAGGUAUGUUUUGGCAGCAGAAAAGGUAGGCUGUAGUUUACUCAGACAUCUUUUUUUGAGAACAGCUGAGAUCACAACACUAAACGUCAUUCCAUGCGCCGAGUGCUACACUGCCUGGCAAGUGUUUACUGAUGAACAUUUUUAGCCUCAUUCUGCUCUUUUUUUUAAUGCUUUGUAAAGAUUCAGCGACAGGCUCUAAUUUUGUGUUUUAAUCACAUUUGAACUGAAACUGUAUGGUUCCACUAGGCUCCAAAUGAUCUGUGCUCCAUUUUUGUAAAAUGUGCCAAACGUGGUUGUCCCUGAGCCAGGGGGUACCACCAAGCUGACGCUGAAGUUUACAUUCACCGUCAACAUCAUUGGUUGUUAUGAUACCAGUUUGUAAAUGCUUUUUUUGUUUGUUUGUUUGUUUGUUUGUUUUUUAACGUUUCAACGGCAUAUAGCCACACACACUACAACAAGACUGGAAUAAUGCUCGGAGGGACACAGCCUUUCAGAGCUAGUAUCCCUCCUACAAUGUACAAUUAGUUUACGCUGUGUUGUAAAAUAGACAAUUGAACAAAUCAGCUUUUUUUUUUUCUUCCAGAAAUCAGUGGUUCUUAAGUUCAUCGUAGACUAAUGUCAAUAGAGUAUGAAUAUAUAUUAUAUAAAUACAAAUAUAUAUAUACUUUUUAUGUGCAGAUGUGGAUGUCACCUAAUGCAGCAACAUUAUGAAGAAAAAGAAGUACUUAGAAUACAUGUAGGGUUUUGUUCACGUUAAUUUCUGAUCCAAAUUUACACUCCAAACUGUUGCCCUCCUGUCGUCAUGUUGUUGCUGUGUGAAACAGGUGAGACCAGGGCUCCAGUCACAGAGAUGAAUGAUGCAUCCAAAUUUCUAACGCUGAUCAGAAACGGUGCUAAAAAAAAAUCCAUGUGCAUUUUGGUGUCAAGAUAACGUUUGCCAUUUGAUGUUGCUACCUUUCUAAAUAUCAGAGCAGUUUUGAAAGCGUUUCAUGCCCAGAGUGUAAUCGAGGCCCUUCAUACUUCUAAAAAAAAUAAGAAAUACAACACUGCAAAAGUGUGCUGCUAGUCUCGGCUUGCUCGUAGAAAAGUGAUUUCCAGUUGUGAUUGCCCCUCUCUCUUAUCUCAGGACAUCUUACCUUCGUUCUCUGAAGGAGCAGCGUGAUGAACGCUCCUCCUCUCAGACAAAAAGACAGACAGAAGGAGCAGCAGUCACGGCCUCUGCUCGAGCUAUUACUUAAUCUGAAGUAGUUGAGGACCCUUUGAAGUGUGGCGGCAAGCCCUGGUCUUCCCUCCAUAUCAUUUUGAAUUUAGAGAUAACUGUCAGAUGCAAGGAAACGGAAUGAUAUUUCCUGAAUUUGUCUCACAUAUCUUUCAGCACUAUCAAUAGUGAACAUGGAAAAAAAAAUACAUGCGAAAUAUUUGUGGAAAAAGUAGACAUGUCUGACGACCUGUAUUGGAAAUGUAAGUACAUUUUUUUGUUGCUAGACAAAGUGUUUGAGAGAAUUGUGAACCUUUUUAUUGCCAGAUUGCAACUGCUAUAAGAUAAAAACUGACUAUGGAAAAAAAAAAGUUUUGUGAUCAUUCCGUGAGCAUCAGUCAUUAAUACAGAGAAAUUUAUUAAGUUUAGUAAGAUUCAUCUGAAAAUGGACU